AUGCAAGACCCCUUAGCUGGUGCAUCUGCUUUGAAAGACAUUAUUCGACCUCAAUUCCAUCAGGUCAACCUUAGUGCUGAAAACUUCGUUAAGAAUACCAUUGGUAUAAAACUCGAUAAAGAUGAUCAGAUUUGUCGACUGGCACUUACUCCUGCAGGAUGUCCCCUAGGGCCUUUACAUUGUCCGCUGCGCCAUACAAAUCCGUCACCACAGAAUUUCCAACCACCAAAGCAGGUAUCUAUGCAUCCGCGAGACCGUGAACGACUCGCUACGGUUUGUAAGCACUGGCUUCGUGGGUUAUGCAAGAAGGGUGAUGCCUGCGAGUUUUUGCACGAGUAUAACUUGAGACGGAUGCCUGAGUGUUGGUGGUACGCAAAGUUUGGUUACUGUCAAGCAGGUGACGAAUGCCUCUAUGCCCAUCCAAAGGAGAAGAAGAUAGAAUGCCCGGACUACAAGAGAGGUUUCUGCAAGCUUGGACCUCAUUGCCCCCGAAAACACGUCAGACGGGUUGCAUGCCAAAAUUAUUUGACCGGAUACUGUCCUUUGGGGCCAGAGUGCACUCGUGGACACCCGAAACCCGACCUUCCAACCCCGAAGGACUAUGAGCCUCCUGAGGCUCCCUCACAAAGAGACUUAGGCCCACCCCCUCCAGGCUAUGGAAGGUACACUGAUUUUGAUCGGAACGCAAAUCUCCAACCGGUCCCGGUUCAACAAAGCUUUCAAGGCGGGUUCGUCGGUGGACCAAGACGAAACCUUGACGAUGUUAUGUGUUUCAAAUGUGGAGAAAGGGGUCAUUACGCAAAUCAUUGUCGAAACCGGAACGUGCCAGGGUUCCGAGGCGGGGUUGAGCGGAGACGACUUGGUGGCAAUGAGGAUUGA